AUGCCAGUGCCCGACCAACCAGCCGAGCAGGAGAAGGGGGCCAUGGUGCCUCCGGUGAUGCCCUCAUCCAACGGAGACAGAUCUGAAUCCGAGACCACGUCCUCCAUCAUGGCCUCAGUCAAGGAGCAGGAGCUGCAGUUUGAGCGCCUCACCAGGGAGCUGGAGGCGGAAAGGCAGAUUGUGGCUACGCAGCUGGAGCGAUGCAAACUGGGCUCUGAGGCCGGCAGCAUGAGCAGCAUCAGUUCCUCAGACGAGCAGUACCGCUGGAAUGCACAAGCAGAUGGGCAGAAGGAUAUUGAGGAUGAGCUGACCACAGGCCUUGAGUUGGUGGAUUCUUGCAUUCGUUCCUUACAAGAAUCUGGCAUUCUGGACAGUGCGGACCGACCAGCUCUUCUUUCCCAGAGUUCUUUGCAGCUCAACUCCACCCCUGAGGGUUCUCUCCAGUACUCUGCCAGCUACCAUAGCAACCAGACCCUCGCCCUCAGUGACAACAUCUCCUCCAGCGCGGGUCCUCAUCGCAGCGGGCAGGUCGGGGGAGCAGUUCACAGCUACAACCAGGUGACAUCCAGCCGUGCAGCCCAACACCAACAGUCACAAUCAGCGGCAGGGUCAGGUAAGAACGCCACAAUUUUUUAA